AUGAAAUUCGGAUUAAUUUCUCUUAAUUUUUUAGCCAGCACGUUGAAAAUAAUAAUAAGGCAACCUCGUCCAUAUCACAUGACAAUUAGCUCGCAACCGUUCAUGACCACAAAACUAAGAAAGUCUUAUGGAAUGCCAUCUUCACAUUCCGCCAUAUUCAUUUACUUUGCAACUUUCGUAUCCCUACGAUUAUUUGAUUCGAGUUUACUUCCUUUAAACAAAUUACUUUCAUCCUUAAUGGUUUAUAUAAUAGCUUUAUUGGUUUUGUGGUCUAGGGUUGAAUUGGGUCAUCAUACAACCGCUCAAGUAUUAAUGGGUAUGUUUUUAGGCAUCUUUUUGGCCAUGUAUUGGAAUGAUUUGUGGGUAAACUAUUGGACACCUUUGUUGUUUGAAUUGAAAUUGGAUGGUCAAUUAGGUUUUGAAGAAUUGAAAAUAAUGUGGAAUUUUGUUAAUGAAUUCAUUAACGAGAAUUGGUUUGAAAACUUGAUGAUUUAA